AUGGAUGACAUUGAAUGGGAUGAAGGGCCAAGUAACAGAUAUGAGGGAGAGGAAAAGGAUGAGGAGGGGAUUGAAGGGGGUGAAGUGCAAAGAAAACCAAGUGAGGUAGAGGAAGCGCAAAGGAAAAGAAGUGACGGAGAGCAAGUGAAAAUAAAAAGCAGCAAGGGAGAGGAAGCGCAAAGAAAGAGCAGUGAGGGAGAGGAAGUGAGAUAUGAGGGAGAGGAAAAGGACGAGGAGGGGAUUGAAGGGGGUGAAGUGCAAAGAAAACCAAGUGAGGUAGAGGAAGCGCAAAGGAAAACAAGUGAGGGAGAGCAAGUGAAAAUAAAAAGCAGCAAGGGAGAGGAAGCGCAAAGAAAGAGCAGUGAGGGAGAGGAAGUGAAAAGAAGAAGCAAUGAGGGAGAGGAACUGCAAAGAAAGAGCAGUGGGGGAGAGGAAGUGAAAAGAAAAAGCAAUGAGGGAGAGGAACUGCAAAGAAAGAGCAGUAAAGCUGUGGAACAAGGGGUCCAAUUACGAAAGAGGAAGAGGAUUAUUCCUAUGUGGAAGAUCAUUGAAGCUAGUGAAUUGGUGAAAAAAACUGUGCCAGAGACAACCCGACUUCGGAUGUUAGACCCAAUGAAGGCGAUUCCGCAUGAUGAUAUGGUGAAAUUGCUGAAACUUUGUUGGGAAUGGCGCCAUAACCCAAAUUUAGUGAUGCAAUUUGGCCACGUGGAAGCUGAGAUUGAAUUCUUCGCUUCCCUCGUAAAAGCUGACGGUUGGCUGACAGGAGAUCACAUUGAUUUGGGGUUGUAUCUCAUCCAGAAGCGACAACAAGAUUUGGAGGUUGUAGAAAUAUCGAACUGGACAACAACCGAUGUAUUUUUCAUGUGUGAAAUCAAAGUGUACGAUUCAAUGGUUUCACUUAUUCCAGAUGAGAUCUUAAAGGAAGAACUCGCCCCGCUUUCAAUUAUGAUUCCAAAUCUUCUCAACACUAUCGACUUUUAUGAAGAAGGUGUUUACGCAAACGACUGCAGCAGAGAUUGGUGGUGUCCUUGGCCAAUAGAACGUGUGGAUGUUCCACAACAAUCUAAUGAAGGAGAUUGUGGCAUGUUCAUGUUGAAGUACAUUGAGCUUUUGAGCGCUGAGAUUCCGUUAGCUACUUACACCUCGCAGAACAUGCCCUUUUUCCGGUUGAAGUUGGCUGCAGAGAUAUUACGGGGAGAUGCUUACAUGCCAUGA